AUGGCCAAUGGCAUUGAAGAUCUUAUCGGGAUCCCAUUCCCAAACCACAGCAGUGAAAUCUUAUGUGGCUUAAAUGAGCAACGGCAUGAUGGUCUCCUCUGUGAUGUCAUCCUCAUUGUACAGGACCAGGAGUACCGGACCCAUCGGUCUGUCCUUGCUGCCUGCAGCAAGUACUUCAAAAAACUCUUCACUACUGGCACUUUAACAGACCAGCCCUAUGUUUACGAGAUUGACUUUGUCAAGCCUGAAGCACUUUCUGCCAUCCUCGAGUUUGCCUACACCUCAACCCUCACCAUCACCACCUCAAAUGUCAAGCACAUCCUCAACGCUGCCAAGAUGCUGGAGAUCCAGAGCAUCAUCAAUGUAUGCCUUGAAAUCAUGGAGCCUGACAGAGAGGCCGAAGAUGAAGAUGACAAAGAGGACGAAGAUGAUGAUGAAGAUGAAGAUGAAGAUGAAGAGGAGGAGGAAGAGGAGGAAGAAGUGGAAGAUUUUGUCAGUCAGGAGAACAUAACCGAUGUGCAAGAAGUAAGCUGUCACCAAAGCCCUUCUGCGUCUGAUCUUACUGAAGAAGCAUAUACAGAAGCACCUAAAGACUUUCCAAAUCACUACCCAGCUAGUAACUCCUCUGGACACAUGGGCAUGAUACGAGACUUCUCCAUUGAGUCCUUGCUAAGUGAAAACUUGUACCCUAAGGUGAACAUCCCAGAAAGGCGGCCACCUCUCUCUCCUUUUGCCCCUAACUUCUUUCCCCAUCUAUGGAACGGUGACUUUAGCUCCUUCUCCCAGCUUGAGGAGCCACAAGUAGACAGUGGCCCCUUGGAUCUGGUGAUCAAAAAGAAGAAGAUCAAGGAAGAGGAGGAGAAAGAAGACCUGCCUCCGCCUCCUUUUCCUAAUGACUGCUUCAAGGACAUGUUUGCUAACAUGCCAACAGCUCCCUUAGGGCAUAUUAAGGCAGAGGCUGACUAUAGUGCUUAUCUCAAUUUCUUAAGCGCUACCCAGUUUGGAGGAGUUUUUCCACCAUGGCCCCUGGAGGAAGAGAGGAAAAUAAAGCCCAAGGCAUCUCAGCAAUGUCCUGUCUGUAACAAAGUCAUUAUGGGAGCCGGCAAGCUGCCCAGGCACAUGAGGACCCACACAGGGGAGAAGCCGUAUAUGUGCAAUAUCUGUGAAGUUCGCUUUACCAGGCAGGACAAGCUGAAAAUCCACAUGCGGAAGCACACGGGGGAACGUCCAUACCUGUGCAUCCACUGCAAUGCCAAAUUUAUUCACAACUACGACCUGAAGAACCACAUGCGCAUCCACACGGGCAUCCGGCCCUAUCAGUGCGAGUUCUGCUACAAAAGCUUCACCCGCUCUGACCACCUCCAUCGCCACAUCAAACGCCAGAGCUGCCGAAUCGCACGGCCCCGACGAGGACGCAAGCCGGCAGCGUGGAGGGCUGCCAGCUUGCUCUUUGCUCCUCCCAAUGGCCAGCCAGUGGAGAAUAGCUUUGUGAUGCCGCCGACAUUGGAGGAGAUGAGUGGCCACCUCGGUGGUACGGCCAUGUGCCUUCCCGGCCCCAGCCCCAAGCACUUUUUCAGCGGGGCCAAGACCUCCUUCAGCCUCCAGGAGUUGGAGAAUCAAUUUGAUGAAACGCAGAUGAAGCUAUUCAGGCGAGCCCAGAUGGACAUGGAGAGGAAUGCAGGCAUCUUUGCCUUUGCCCUGGGCCAUAAUGAAAAUCUUGCUGCCCAGCCCUUCUUUCCUGUCCCUGACCCUUGGAGCACAGGCUUCAGUGGCUUGGCAGGGCUUGGCCACAUGGCUUCCAUCUCAGAAACAGGCAACUAA